AUCUGAGACUGGAGCAAACUCCAAACCUAUUGACUUUGUUACGUGUUGAAUAAUCCGUCACUGCUAUAUGACAUAAAGGCUGUAAAUACAUCUUAAAGACAACACAAGUGACCCAGCGGAUUUUAGCAGAAUUGCUUGUGAAGAAAACAAACCUGCCUGCUAAGAACUCUUGAAUUUGACAUUUGCAGUUGACCAUUCUAUUCUUAAUCUCCCUGAUAUUGUCUGAAGACACCAGAGGCUGAAAUAGAGAGCUUAGAGACAAAAGAAUUACACAGCUACCUUCAGAAGAAAGUUUUGUGCUCUCAGGCACCUGCAAUAAAAGCUAAAAUGGCAGAGAACUCAUCUUCCACACCGGCCGCAAAGCCCAAGAGAACUAGAUCAUCCAAGAAGUCAAAUGACCACCCCAAGUACUCUGACAUGAUAGAGGCCGCUGUUCAGGCAGAGAAGAGUAGGUCCGGCUCUUCACGUCAAUCUAUCCAAAAGUACAUUAAGAAUCACUACAAAGUCGGGGACAAUGCAGACUCACAGAUCAAGUUAUCCAUUAAGAGGCUUGUGACCUCUGGCACCCUCAAGCAGACCAAGGGUGUUGGGGCUUCUGGGUCCUUCAGGUUGGCCAAGUCUGACGAGCCUAAGAAACCAUCUAAAAAACCAAAGAAGGAGGUCAAGAAACCAGCAACUCCCAAAAAAGCAGCAAAGCCUAAAAAGGCGGCCAAGUCUCCAGCUAAAGCCAAGAAGCCCAAAGUGCCAGAGAAGAAAGCAAAGAAGGUGGUAAAGAAAAAAGUAGCACCCUCACCUAAGAAAGUCAAGAAGACAAAGACCGUUAAAGCCAAACCUGUAAAAGUAUCAAAGGUGAAGAAGGCAAAACCAUCUAAGCCCAAGGCAAAAGCCAGUCCAAAGAAGUCUGGAAGAAAGAAGUAAACAAAGCUCUCCUAGUAUCUGGACAGCUCCUGUACAGUUUUAUAACCUUUUCUCCUCCAGUCCAACUUUCUAAACAUGAUCCUUGUAAUUCCUACGGACAAUAUGAUGUUUAUUUAUGUACAUAUUUUCAUUUUUUUCAUUUUAAUAUAUGUGAAGGGGAUUUUAAAAAUAUGUUGAUGGCACUUGUCUGCAUUCAUUUUUGUAAUGUAUAGCCUGUAGCUUAGGUAAAUAAGACAAUGAAGACACUUUUGGCUUAAGAAUAACAGUUGCAUUAAUUAUUUGCUAAA